GACAGUUAGCCCCGCCCCCCUCUGGAUUCUAAAACGCUCCCGUCCGUCAUUCGGACGCACCUGGUUCCGAGUGGAGCGUGCGUGACGACCUUUCACCGGCGCGCGCGGCAGGAGCCAGCAACGGAACACCGGCGUCCGGAGGCGGGCGGAGAGGAAGCUGCGUGCGGGACGAGGCGACGAGGCGAGCGCUCAUGUUCUGCUGUGUGGCGUGAAGCUGGAGCACGCAGCCCGGAACCCGCCACCCCUCCGCCGGGCUGGACCGGAGCAGCAGCCGCAGCAGCAGCAGCAGCCAGCCCUCUGGACCGAUGUCCUGGCCGAAAUGUCCCGACACAUCUACAUCCGGAACAAGAUUGGCGAAGGCAUCCAGGCGCCCAUCUUCCAGGUGAACCGAGGGACGUACUCGAGGAGGAGCCGACUGAAGAGGUCCGAUGGCAGCACCACCUCCACCAGCUUCAUCCUCAGACAGGGCUCAGCUGAUUCAUACACUAGUAGACCAUCAGACUCAGAUGUCUCUCUGGAGGAGGAGCGGGAGGUCCCGGCCCAGGUCCAGAGCCAGAGCCCAAGCCAGAGCCAAGGACCGGGACAGAGCCGUCAGGAGAGGGAGCAGCAGGCCACCAUUCAACUGGAGAGAGCCAAGACCAAACCUGUGGCAUUUGCUGUGAGGACCAACGUCAGCUACUGUGGUGCACUGGAUGAGGAUGUUCCAGUCCCAGCCACAGCCAUCUCCUUUGACGCCAAGGAUUUCCUCCACAUAAAAGAGAAGUUCAACAACGACUGGUGGAUAGGUCGGCUGGUGAAGGAGGGCUGUGAGAUCGGCUUCAUCCCCAGCCCUCUGAAGCUGGAGAACAUCAGACUCCAGCAGGAGCAAAAGAGAGGACGAGUCCAAGGUAAGUCUGGAGGGAACUCUUCUUCCAGUGUAGAGGAUGAGGUAUCUGCCUCAAUCCGACCCCUCAUAUCCUCGGCAGGAAAGCAGAAACAGAAAGUGACGGAGCACAUUCCCCCGUAUGACGUGGUCCCCUCCAUGAGGCCGGUCGUGCUGGUGGGACCCUCGCUCAAGGGUUACGAGGUAACAGACAUGAUGCAAAAAGCUCUGUUCGACUUCCUCAAGCACAGAUUUGAUGGCAGGAUAUCGAUCACACGUGUCACAGCAGAUAUAUCGUUAGCCAAACGCUCUGUUCUCAACAACCCCAGUAAAAGGGCCAUCAUUGAACGAUCCAACACUCGCUCCAGCCUAGCCGAGGUGCAGAGUGAGAUUGAGAGGAUCUUCGAGUUGGCCCGCUCCCUGCAGCUGGUGGUGCUGGACGCUGACACCAUCAACCACCCAGCCCAGCUCCUCAAGACCUCGCUAGCCCCCAUCAUCGUCCACGUUAAGGUCUCCUCUCCAAAGGUCCUGCAGAGGCUUGUCAAGUCCAGAGGAAAGUCCCAGAGCAAACACCUGAAUGUCCAGCUUGUGGCCGCAGACAAAUUGGCCCAGUGUCCUCCGGAAAUGUUUGACAUAAUCCUGGACGAGAACCAGCUGGAGGACGCCUGCGAGCACCUGGCAGAAUACCUGGAGGCCUACUGGAAAGCGACCCACACCUCCAUGGCAACACCCCUAAACCCCCUGCUGGGACGCAACCUGGGCCCCACCACCCUCACCCCCUACCCCACCAGCAUCUCUGGACUGCAGCAGAGCCAAAGAAUGCGACAGAGCAACCACACAGGAGAUCAUUCCACCCUGAACGAACGUCGCAACCUGAUGACGUCAGACGAGAACUACCACAACGAGCGGGCGCACAAGGGACGCAACCGCAUGUCAUCUGGUUCGCAGCAUAGCCGAGAGCAGCAGGACCCGUACCAGGACUACCAGGACCCGUAUCAGGAUGCAUACAAACCACAUCGCAAUCGCAGUUCACCGGGCAGCUACAGCCACGACUCCCGGCACCGGCUCUGAGCCCACCCUUCUCACCGCCGGGGCCCACGCGGCCCAGAUUCCACCCAAAACAAACGCUACAACAGAGCUCAGACGGUCCCAAAUUGUACCUGUUUGGUUUGCGUUCCAUUUCUUUCACCUACCUGGCUAUUUUCUCUCUUUCAAAGUCAAACAAAGUCACGUUCGGAUGUCAGGUAUUUAUUUUUAAUCGAGCUGCAGGGCAACCCUUUCAACCUACAGCCUGAGUAGUCGAGAGGUUCAGGAUGCCUGAGUUAACUUGUGCUGUAAAAUAAAUCCCUUCAGUUUAUGUUACUGGGACCUUUUUGGAAUUGUACCAACACGAGGCUCAGCAGACGUGCAGCGGACAUUGUGCUCGUUGCCCACGUCGGCAAGCGAGGUGCGGACAGUGGUCGGAUGGUGACGGUGUGUGGGCUUCAAAGUGCCCGGGACAUCGCACGCGGUCGGAGGGAGGUCCACUGCACACAGACUGCUGAAGGCUGCUGAGCCCCUUCUCCUGGGCCAUGUAUAAAUCCUCUCACCAUUUAGCUUAUUGCAUGCUGAUAGAUGAUCAACCUCCGCAUCCACUUCAUUGAUAUUUUGUACCUAGCACUUCCAUGAUAAGGUAUAGAUACAGAGGUUCCGAUUUCUAAAUCACCUGGCGGUGGAGCAGGCGGCAGGUGCUGGGUCUGUGGUGGGGGCGUGCCGAGGAGGUCUGGCUGCUAGUUUUGAAAAACUGGUGCUUCAAAUUCCCAAACUAUUUUGCUAUUUGAACCCCACUUCGAGCAAGGCCAGCUUUUCUGUAGCUUAGAUUUAGGAUUUCAUUUGGGUAAAGACCCUCACCGUCACGAAGGGAACGGACUCAGAUGGUGCUGGGAUCAGAUCUCGGUGACACUGUAGGGGAAGGCAAUACGGCUUCUGUUCUGAACAGCCAGCACUUAGUUAGAGGAAGAAGUAAUUGUGACAGUCCGUCAGAUAGAGUGAAAUACAAUAGCGAGAUACUUGAGAUGCAUUUGAUGUUGUUGAGAUGUGGACCGGCAUAAAAAAACAAAGAUGUGAAAACCUUUUGAGCACAUUGGGAUGUUCUGUCUGAUAUUUUUGCCCCUGUCCGCGUUAAUAUACGAGUUCUUCCUUUUCAGUCCGAUAGACAUUAAAGGAGUCGCUUUGCAUUUAUUAGCGACUGAUGUCACGCGAUUGGUUAACCGCUGUCAAAGUUCCUUCUAUUCGUUUUUUUCGGGAUUGGAGACUCAAAGAUGUGACGUAUGCAGGAUCGGUUGCAUCAUGUUCAUCCUCUGUGUAGCUGGCAUGUUGUCCUGACUGCAGAGCAUGUUACCUCCAGACGUAAAAAUAAACUCCUACUGUAAUCAAGUUGAUGUUUGUAGAAGUGUAGGGCUCACUCCUUUCUCUGAGGAAAAAAAGAUGUUAAAGGGGGGAGAAAAAAAAAAGGAAUAGACAAACGAGGCCCUAAAUUUAAAAUGAACGAUAUCUCUGGAACCCCGAGGUCUGUAACUAAAUAUAGGGAAAUGAAAUGGUGCAGCGAAAAAUCUUUUUUUAAGUGUUGGUAUCUGUCAUUCAGGAAUGUUUCAGUGGAUUGCAUGACUCACAUGAGGGGACAGUUUCUAAUGAUUCAGAAUUUCCUUGUAUGGUAGAACGUUGCACUGAAAUGAACAGUGAUCUCGCCUUGAACUCGCUGACGCAUUAAGCUCAGACAACACGGGCGGUCGUUGACCCAACAGGGUGUUUAUAUGAAAGCAGAGAGCUGCUGUGAUUGUUCUCAUAAUACACUCAAGUUGUCUCAUGAUUCCGAUUUAAUUAUCUUAUUAUUUUCAGAUAACUGUAAUAGCUAGCUGGUUUUAAUAUUUAAAUAAAUACUUUUGGCUCAGUAGAAGAUCAAAUUGAAGUAGAGCAAUUAGUGUUUCCUUGUGAUCACAGUUUAAACAUCUCGUCAAUGUCAUUUCACGCACCGCUGAGAGAAAAGAGCCCUUUGGAAAAAUAAAAUGCAAUUUGUUAUUUAAUAAUGAUGCGAUGGUUAAUUCCUUUUCCUGGAAUGAGUAAAUACGAGAAACACUAAAUGAACCCUUUUGUUUCUGUUGUCCUGAUGUUUUCUCCGACAUUCAUCGUGUACAGUGUGACGCAGAAUACGUUUGUCAUGUUUAGACAAAUCUUUAAAAGCUCCUCUUAAACUCUUGGAUGUCUUUUCCCUGACGCAGCAGCAGAUAAACGGUGAACGAACCUCUGAAAAAUGCAAAUAAUUACUGGCUCAUUUAAUAAUCCUCUCCCUUAAAUCAUUUUUUUUGUGUCUGCGAUACACAGUGCUAUCCCAAAUGUCUAGACUUUCGUAUUUUUUUCUGUAAGACAGAAAGAAUAGAACAAAGAUAAGUUAGGAGCUGCUGCUGUUCCGGCGAUUCCCCCGCUUUAAUACAUGUCUCAUACAUUACAAUUAGUAUUAUUAUCUUAAAUAAGUCUGUUAAACUUUUGACCCUAAAUCAGUUUGUGGGGUUAUUUUUAGAACAUAGAUAUAAAUUCUGACCUACAUUUAGGAUAUUCGACUGUCCCCAAUAAUUUUAUAGCCUGACAGUUUCAGGAUUUCUUGAAGGGACCUAAUUCUAAGACCUAAUUUGAAUAAAUUUCCCCUUCUCACUUCACUGACGACAACUUCAAGCCUGACAUUAAAUGCAAAAUGUUGAAAAGUAGCUCCUAAUUUAUUGAUUUAAACUUGCAAUUAGGCAUCGUGUUCUCUUCAUGAUUCACUUUGAGAAACUCAUAUAGCACAAGAAAAAAGAAGUGGGUUUUAAGCAACUGUUCCUACAAUGUGAAUGUGGUAUAAGGGCACAGACUAUUUCAAGAAUUAUCUUUGCCCACAGACAAGGCUGCAAAUGAAAAAAAAAUAAUGCUACUGUUUACAGGCAUGCUUUUCUGUCUCUUUCUGCCCCAUAGCAUUGAAUCCCAUUGGUUGAUUGAACAGGGAGCCAUUUUCCAUUUGAAUUCAAGCCAACCAAUGUUGAGCUGGGCUGCUUGAGACAAUCAGAAGGGAUUUCCAGACCAGCAUCCCACCAUCCCUCUCUUUGUGAACGCCCGAAAAUGAUGAGAUACGUUUGCCCCCAUCAGAAAGCCUCUGAAAUCUGUCCUUCCUGGCCUUCUCGCAUUGAACCUCCAAAUUUCAUUACUGAUUUUAUUUUUCACGGAUUAAAUCUCAAGGUGACCACAAAAAUACAAAAAAUGAUCGGGAGGAUUUUCUUUGGGAAAAUGUAGGAAAUCCCCCCCCCC